CGCUUCAAAGCGAGCAUCCUCGCCCCCGUGCGCCCUUGAUCCGGCGUCAUAUAAACAACAGCGCCCGAUCGGUGUCGUUCAUUUUGGCUCCGGGUUUCGCACCAGACGCCAAACCUGACGCUGCUCUCUCACCUGACCCCGGCGGUGGACGAUCACCAGAACCUUCCUUGACCCAGAGUCGCGAGAUGCAGAUGAGGACCGAACCAAAGGGCUCUGUGCGGCCCCCUAUUCGCAAGCUGGACAAGGGACAGCAGAGCCGCUUUAGAGAGAGCUUGGCUCUUCCGAGAAUCCACUGCCCCAACCACCCUGAUGCCAUCCUGGUGGAGGACUACAGAGCCGGGGACAUGGUCUGCCCCGAGUGUGGCCUGGUCGUUGGCGAUCGAGUCAUCGACGUGGGGUCGGAGUGGAGGACGUUUUCCAACGAGAAAGCCCUCAAAGACCCGUCCAGAGUGGGAGACGCGCAGAACCCCCUGCUGAAUGGAGGAGACCUGACCACCAUGAUCAGCAAGGGCACAGGAGCAGCCAGUUUUGAUGAGUUUGGCAACUCCAAGUACCAGAACCGACGGACGAUGAGCAGUUCGGACCGCGCCAUGUUGAACGCCUUCAAAGAAAUCAGCACUAUGGCGGAUCGCAUCAACCUGCCCAGGAACAUCGUGGACAGAACGAACCAAUUGUUCAAACAGGUGUAUGAGCAGAAGAGUCUGAAGGGCCGAGCGAACGACGCCAUCGCCUCGGCCUGCCUCUACAUCGCCUGCAGGCAAGAAGGUGUUCCGAGAACUUUCAAAGAGAUCUGCGCCGUCUCACGCAUCUCCAAGAAAGAGAUCGGCCGCUGCUUCAAGCUCAUCCUGAAGGCUCUGGAGACCAGCGUGGACCUCAUCACCAGUGGAGACUUCAUGUCGCGCUUCUGUUCCAACCUCAGUUUGCCCAAGCAAGUCCAGAUGGGCGCCACGUUCAUCGCCAGGAAGGCCGUGGAGCUGGACCUGGUUCCUGGAAGAAGCCCCAUCUCCGUGGCCGCCGCCGCCAUCUACAUGGCCUCCCAGGCCUCCUCAGACAAGAAGACACAGAAAGAAAUCGGAGACAUCGCCGGCGUCGCCGACGUCACCAUCCGACAGUCGUACCGGCUCAUCUACCCACGGGCCGCUGAACUUUUCCCGCCCGAUUUCAAAUUCGACACGCCAGUGGACAGAUUACCACAACUGUGAAACCACCACCUUCUCUUCUUCUUCCUGACUCACACGGACACAUUCCAGAAAUCAGCUUCUCCGGGACGUCACUCGAGCGUCUGUACACCCCGCGAGGAUGUAACCAGACCCAGCAUCUUAACACAUGAAACCUUUUUGUAGCUUCAUGAGGCUCUAGUUUGUUUGUUUCAACAGUUCUGAUUAAAAGUGAAAAACAAAAACCCAACUCACUGGAAGAUGGUGUGAUCAUGGUCUGAAUCUGAAAAUGAUGAAUGUUCCACUGUUACAAAUGUUUAAUCUGCAUUUACGACAGGUAACAAACACGAUUGUUUUUCUUUUACACCGGGCUGAGGAGUCAUCCAUGUUUGUACCAUCCUAAAAGUUUCUGUUCGGGGAUAAACAUGCACAAGCAAGAAAUAAAAAAAAAAAACUUUGUACAAUCCUUUUCCAUUAUUACGAAAUGCAGGUAAAUAAAACUGGAUAAAAUUAGUGCUUUCUUCUUG